AUGCUGUUACUAUUGAUGGUACUUUUCUCUUUGGCAUGUGCUUCCGAAAGUAUAAGAGGUGUACCACCAGAGAAUCAGUCACUAUACUCGCCCUUACCAGAGGAUCCAACAAAAUGGAGAUGCCUAGAUGAUACAGCAAAAGUGAUACCGUACAGCUCUAUAAAUGAUAAUUUGUGUGACUGCUCGGAUUGCUCUGAUGAACCAGGAACUAAUGCCUCUCAAGAGCGUGCUCUUUUCUACUGUAAUAAUGAAGGAUUCACUCCAAGAAAUAUACUGAAUUAUAAGAUUAACGACGGUGUAUGCGACUGCUGUGAUUGUUCAGAUGAGUAUUUGCGUGAGCCGUUCAGUCGUGGUAAAUCAUGUUCAGAGUUGAAUGAUGAGUUUCAGCGAAUACUUAACACAGAAUUGGAAAAUUACCGUGCUGGUGUCACUGCUUUGAAGAAACUCAAAUCCAAGACGAAAGAUAAUACAGACGAUCCCAACAGUGCUGAAAAUGUUCAUUUUCAAAUAGAUGGAUUGACUACGUACUCAGUGGAUCUUAAAACAGCAUUGAACAAUGUCGAAGAAAAUUUACAAAGUUUAGAGGAAUCUUACAGAUGUAAACUCUUUGAAGAAUCGCCACAAUUAUUUGAAUACGAGAACUUAAACGUUACUUUUAUCACUGACUCGGUAGUGUCUGUGUUCUCUCAUGCUCAAAUGUUAUCAAAUGCUUUUAAUGAACUAAAGUUCAUCUUGAAUAAUUUAUAUGAAACUUAUAACCGUAAACUUAAUGAUAAAGUGGUAAUUAAGAACAUGAAGCAAUUUGCAGAAUUAGAAAUGAAGUUUAAGAAGUCCUUCCAGCCUGACGGCCGCUUGGACGGUACUCAGCGUGACCAAAUCAAUGAAUAUCUUAAUGAAGAGCUUCCAACAUUUUUAUUUGAGGGUAAAAGCAAAUAUACUCCUGAGAUUAUCGUUGCCAAAUCUAACUUUAUCCAGAGAAUCAUUAACGUCAAGUAUAAAACCAAGGAUUUAACUCUUGAUGGAAUAAAACAGUUCCAACAAAUUGCAGAUGAUAUAAUUGAAAAUCAUGACAUAAAUUUUCAAGACGGCGCAGUGAAGAGCUUCACCGACAGUUAUAUGUCGUUCAUGUCCAAAUAUGAGGAUUCCCUGUACGCCAUUGAUUUCCCUGAGAAUUUCAGUGACACAUUUUCCGAAUUAUUGCUGUUCAUUGGGAAAGAGGCACCAAACAUCGCAGUCGACUCAGGAACGGAAGGUUCUGACUGGGGUGUAAUGAGGAUAGUCCAAGGUGCAUUCGAUCGUAUGAACUUUUUCUCUACUUCAUUGCAAUCCUACCGAUCCCAGAUCAAAUUCAUGAAAGAGCAACGACUCUCACUAAAAAAGAAGCUCAGAAAGACAGAAAAGAAGAUCAUAGAAUUGAAACAGAAAUUGAACGACCAAGGUGGAGAAUACUCAGAGUCACAAUUGAUCCACAAACAAGUUGGCACGUUGCUAAAUAAUUUAAAGGAUUUCUGUGUCGAUAGCGAACUUAAUUCCUAUAUCUACAGAUUAUGCUAUUCAAACGACAAAGGCGGUGAUAUUGUUCAAAUAGAGAACAAACCUGAUGGUAACAAAGUUGUGAUAGGCCGUUAUAGAGGCUUCACGAUCGACACCAAUUCAAAAUAUGACGUUUACCUUCAAAGCUUGAAAUAUAGGUAUCCAAACACAGAAGUUGGCAACCAUUUAUCAAGUGACACUGUCGAAAUCGGCAAAGAGGAAAUCUUGUUGGGAAAUCUACCUGAUUUGAACAAUGGGUUAAUAUUAGAGUACAGAGGGGGUACUAAAUGCUGGGAUGGUCCUUUAAGAUCCGCCACAAUUCAAAUGAGAUGUGCACCGGAUUUCAAAAUCGAGUCGGUUUCAGAACCAACGAGAUGUUCUUACGUAUUUGAAAUGACAGGACCAUUAGGAUGCGAUCCUCAUUUCCAUUAUGAAAGACCAAACUGGCUAAUAUAA